AGUUCUGGGUGUGAAGAGGAAGCAUGCAGACGUUUGAACAUUAAACUUCGAGGGCAGUUCAACACUUCUGCUUCCAUAAUCAGUGGAGCGUUUUUAUUCUCAGACCCAGCAGGUGACCGGUUCCCUUCCCCGGAUUCCCAGCAUGGCAGACGGCAGGCAGCCAGACGAGCACAGGGCUUCCAACGGCCAGGAGAACGGCGAGAAUGGCUACUCUGCCUACAGCUACAGGGAGAAUGGGUACCAUGGUGGGGCAGCUGCACACCCUGGAUCGACAGUGGAUGACUCGGCCAAUUUGCCUCCCUCCCCUCCUCCCUCUCCAUCCGCUGAGCAGAUUGGGCCCGUGGCACAAGCUCAGCCAGAGGAGAGCAAGGCGUCCUGUGAGUCGGAGAGGAAAGAAGAUGCAAGUCAUGUGAUACUGCUACAUGAAAAAACUGAAGAACUUGCCUUGGUUGAAUCCCCUCUUCCAUCCAUGGAAGAGAAGUCUCUUACUGAAGCUUCAGUGAAACAAGCUGACCAAGAAACUGUUGAAAACUCCAAGCUUUUAGAGUCUACAGAAAGUCUACAAACUGAAGACGUAUCAAGUCUCAAGACUGAAGAAAAUGUGGACAUAAUCUUACCAAACAAAUCAGAAGCCCUCACGAAUGAAAGCAAAGAAAAAAUAGAGAUAGUUCAAGAAAUGGUUAAGGAUGACCACGAUGAUUGCGUUCAUAAAGCUGAACCAAGUCAACAAACACAGCAACUAAAAACUAUAUUUGAUAUGUCAGUAGAGCAGUGCUCUGGAUCAAAAACUUACUUUGAAACAACCUCAGAAAGCCAAGUAGAGGAGUUGUCCCAGAGCUAUUAUGAACUCAGUUUAAAAGCAGAGACAAAGUUAAGUGGAGAACAUGAAUGUAACGUGGAAAAACUUGAACAGGAAGAGGAACGAGGCAGGACAAAUCCCAGUAAAAUGUCAUUAAAGCAGAGGAGUUUGUCCCUGAACAUUACCAGUGAGUCUUCAGUGGAACCGAAGGCAAAGGCAGACAAAUCAAGAACCUUUUCAGAUAACUUGUGUACAAUUGGCGGUAGCUUUGAUGAAUCAGAAGUUUCUCCCUCGACUCCACUUGUCAAGAGUUACACACCGGAGUUUGCCCCAACAGUCUCUGUUACUCCAACAUCUACUACAUCAAGUGAAGAGAUCCCAUCAAAACCAGAAGCACCUUCUGGUGAGCACAUAUCUAGUUUUGAACAAUCAGAAAGCCUUUCUGAGAUGUUGGACCUGGCAGGAGUCCUACCUCGGCCAUCAUUAGAGAGGAGAGAGGUUGACUACAUAAGACGAAAGUCAGUCCCUGCCAAUGUAUACGCUCUUGCAGGGAGUUCGUUGGACAAGUUUGCCAUGGCAGAUCAAACAAUGAAAGUGGUCGCAGAGGAACAUCAGCUAGAAGAACUUGGCUACUGUGUGUUCAGUGAGUGUUCAGCACCAAUGCCUUCUCCUGCUGAUCUACCCAACACUGAGGACUGUUUGCACCAGUGUUUCCCCUCCUUGCUGUAUGAAGUAGGAAGAGAUCUUGGAGUCUUGGAAGAGAAAGGUAUUCAGCAGCAAAGAGAUCAAAAGGAAAGUGCCACAAAGAUUUCUCAAAAAACAGUUUCAGACAAGAAAGAUUCACCUGUAAAGACCAGCCUGAUUCUUGAAAGAGCUGUGACAACUGGUAUGAAACCAGAUCGCUUACGAAUCCCAAUGACAGCUUCGAAAGACAGACUUACUGAAUUUCGUCUUGAGACUGGCCUGCCUGGGGACAUAAAAAUCCAAGCAAUCCCUGAGGUCGACAUUGAAAAAGACCCUUCUAGAGAAGCUUCUCCCAUCCCACCCGACAAUUCAUUUACCUUCACUCCAACAGAAACUGGAAGUAAAGUGCCUCUCACCCUUGUUACCCUGAAGUCCCCAACCAGCAUAUCCCCAACUAAAGUUCAUUCAGAAACCCAAGUCUCUGGAGAAAGGGAAAUGAAAAAAGACGUAACGGGUAAGACUUAUGAUUCUGAGGGCCUUGAUAAGAGUUCAGGUUUAGACAAAGAGAUGAUUGGUCUUGAUUUAAAAGGUCAAGAAGAAAAAGACAUUAAACAAGACAUGACCAACAUAGGCAACCUUUCAACAUCAUCUCAGGCGUUACAAUAUAGCAUGGAGGAAAAAGAAGAUUGUAAGAUUCGAGCACAUGCAAAGUCUUCAAGAUUAGAAGGAGUGGAAACACAAGAGACCUCAAACACUGAUCAGACUUCAGGCACAGAAAAGCCCCUAGAUGCAAAGUUCCAUCCACAAGAACUGACUUUGACAAAAGACCUACCAAAAUUACAACUAUUUUCACCAAUCAUUAUAAUACCUCAGUCACAAGUAGAAGAAGUUGAGGAAGAGGAUGAUAUUGAGAUGGCCGAAGAACCUCAAGAGAUAAUGGAAGAACCAGGGAAGCCUCUGCACCUCCAGGCAGAUGAACCAGAUAAAAGUCUGACUAAAGAGCUAAAAAAAGACAAAGUGAGGCUGAUGGUAGGCGAUCAGAUGCUGGACGAUGAUCCUUUGUCUGGAGCUGAAGAAUGGAGUCAUAGUGCCAUAAACAGUGAUGAUGGGGAGCCUGCAACAGACAGUUCACACCUGUCUCCAUGUUCUGACCAUGAUCUGCCACCUCAGACAGGAGAUGGCGCUGAAGCUGAAGACAUGGAGGUGGAUAAAAAAGAAAAAGGCAUAGAUAUGGACACGCUGAAAGCUGAAGAUGUACUGGAAGACCAGACAAAGGGGAAGAAAGAUGAAGAAGCAGAUUCUAGCGAAGGAGAUAAGGGAAAGGAAAAGAAAAUGGUGGAAGAAAGGGAUGCGGCUAAAGAGGAAGAACCAGUGAUUGUUCUGGAGGCAACACGUCAGACUGCUAACGAUGAAACCACUAUAGAUGUGUCCAUUCUUGAUACAGACAGUGGCUGGAUGGACUCACAAGAUGAGGAUAAAAGUAUCAUGACUGAGCAGAUCGAAGCCCUUCCUCUGACCAAGAGUUUUACCAGAACACCUGUGGUGGUGGACCGACCUGCGAAACGGGGUCCCUCCAAAGGACGGGGCCAUCCUAGCACUGCUGAUUGCAAAGUGUCACGCAAAAUGCUGAUCCACCGUCCACCAGCGGAGGAGAAGAUGAAGAAAAAAGGUUCCUUCGGCGUGAGGAGGGCUGACCAGAGUAAGGUGUCAGCCCUCCAAAGUCGCUCUCCGUCUCGAAAAAGUGGAGCUAAAGUGGCGGCCAGGCACCCUAGGCCCGUUCCGCUUCAUGGCUCUGUUAGACGCAAGGCCCCAGGUGUGGAUCACCACCCCCUCAGUGUGGCGCAGCAGUCCAGAGAGAGGCCUACUUCGCGGCAGAGGAAACAUAGCCCCACAAGGGCCGUUCUGUUAAAGAUGGCAGUGCAGCGCAGUGGGGAGUCCCCCCGCCCCGGGUCUGCCUGCGUACUUAAACGGAGCCCCCUUGUGGAGGCGGAGCUUUGCGAGGCCCGCUCCUCCUCUGCAUGUUCCUACCCAGCCCCUUUGCCAAACAAAUUGGCAGGGAAGGAGCGAGCGUACCGCAGCCCCGAGAAGAGGUCAUCCCUCCCCAGGCCAGCCAAGUCUCUGACUCGCCACAUCCCUGCUGCUGAACAAGAAGACAACAGCACCCCCUGCAGGCCAACCUCGAUCCGGACCGACUCCAGAGGGGACAGCAGGUCUGGAAGGGCCCCUAGUAUGGCAGGCACAGACUCGGCCCGGUCCCGGUCAGUUCGUAGUGGCGCCUCCACCCCAGGCUCAGCCGUGACACCCGGCACGCCCCCUAGCUACUCGUGCCGCACCCCGGGCUCGCGCACUCCAGGCAGCCACACGCCCAAGUCCUUCAGCGUCCUCCAGGAGAAGAAGGUGGCGGUGAUCCGAACACCGCCCAAGUCGCCAUCCUCUGUCCAGCGGCAGCUGAAGGUCAUCAACCAGCCUCUGCCCGACCUGAAGAAUGUAAAGUCCAAGGUCGGGUCCACCUCCAACCUCAAACACCAGCCGAAAGGAGGACAGGUAACAGCUAAAGGAUGAUUUAGGUGUUCUGAUUUGUUGUAGUAACCAGCAGUCAGCCAUAACUUUAA